UUUUUUUUUUAUAUGGAUUUAUUUUACAUCGCAUCUACUGCAUGGUAAUUAACGACGAAUUUGAUUGGGUUUCUGAUGGUGCUACAUACCACUGUAGAGCAUUUUGUUGUUCCACAUUUUAUUCCAUUCUUCUUUCGAUGCGUGUCGUAUUCUCGUAAUCAAGUCUUGGUAUGGGAUUUCUAUUUCAUUACUUGGAGUCACGGUUGUCGCUUCUCUUGCAACGUGGUCUGCUUCUUCGUUGCCAGUGAUGCCUCGGUGGGAAGGUACCCAAGUAAUUGUUACGUUUUUGUUUUUGUUUGUAACUUCGGUGAACGUUUCACGGAUUUCUUGAAUGCGACUCGCGAAAGAAACUUUCGGGACAACCUAACGCAUAAACAGUUUUUCCAUUUCUCGAAUUCACGAAAAAUCGAUUUUUGAUCGCCGAAAGCCAUCUCGUCCCCGCGCCGCAGUAGUAAAGGUAAUUCGUUCGGAGAAUUUCGAUGAAAAUAUUCGCUGGCACCGUGGUAUCCUUAAGGUCUCCUCGGUGAUCCUCGCAAACAAGGACAGAAGAGAAGGGGAUACGAAGUGGUAUAGGCACCUUUCUCGCGGCGCUCGCUGUGGAAUGGCAAAAAGAGAGGAGGCACUCUGACGUCACAUUGGCUGCUCGGUAGUGCCGCUAGCCUCUCACUUGGUCGGCGACGUUCGGCACGUUCGGUCCGUUUCGUUUCGUUUCGUUUCGUUUCGUUUCCCCUUAAUUCCGUUCGAUUUCGAGCCGAUCCGAUCUCGUUCGAUCGCCUUCCCACUCGAAAUCCGGCUGCCAGAGGGAGCUGACCUGCAAAAAUCGCUCUCGGACGCGAAAGUGUGCGACAUGUAACGAGCCUCGACUAAAGUGUGCAAACUCCGAAGUGAAAUUGUUCGGUGUCCGGUGGUUGUUCCGGUUCGCCAGUGUGCCGAUGAUUAUUUUGUUCUAUCAUUGUGCCAUGACACUCUGGAUACGAUCGUGAAUGGAUUAAAUGGCAGCCACGCGGUCACGGAACGAGGAUGAGCAAUUACGAAGAUCGCAGAAAACCGCGGACAGGUGCUUCGAAGAAGCCGAGGACUGCGUUCAUCAUAGGAAAUGACCAUGACGAGCGUGGCUGUCGCCCCGGGUAGCCUCGGCGCACCUCCAUCUAUGCUCACCCCAAAGAUGUAUCAUCUACAGCAGGGGUUAAGUUCAACAUCGGCCUCACCCAGUCCUGAAAAAAAUUACGACACGCUGAGCAAAGGAAAGAAAUCGUGGAGCGUGCGUCUGGGUCUGUCGCGGCAGAAUCAAAGCGGCGAUGAUCCUGGAAAAGGGUGGGGAACGAUCAGCGGGAGCAGCGGGCUCUCUCGACAAAUGAUCUACGGCGAUCCGUGGCUCUAUGGCACGGUUCGAUCUUCGAGGGUUGGUCUCGAGCCACGAGGCUUCAUGACACCACCGCCCCCGCCGCCCCCGGGAGCGCCGAUACUGGUAGUAUGUUCCUGUCCAGAAUUUCUCAGCGGAACCACCCGGAAGUUCGGCAAUUGCCGCAAGUGCGGUGGUCACCGAUUGGCUGGCGUCCCUUUGGGUGGAACAUGUCGGCUUCCGACGAUUUCCUCGAGGUCGAGACCCAGUCUCGCGGGAGUCCUGAGGACCUCGAUAGACGAUCCGUACGACCAGAUGAGACGGAAUCGGCUGGUCGAGCCGCGAACGAGAGCACGGAGCAUUUCGCCGCAUCGGCCGUUAUCUCAGCGCGAUUCUCGAAGCCAAAGCGUGGCGCGAAACGCGAAAGAACGAAAAGGCUCCGUCGAAAGUACUUGUUCGAGAUCCGAAUGGUUCGACAAGGAGGCAACCGGAAGCUACGAGGAGACGACGCGCAAACCACGACCGAACUUCGCUGUCGCGUCCACCGAAGAGUGGCUCGAGGAGGCACCGUCGUUGGCGAACACCAUCCGGACUCCGUCGUCUUUAACUACGCCCGGUAGGCUGGUACGGGUCCCGAAGAAAGUUAGAGGCACGGGUACGUUGACGAAAACACCGGAAACGGGUCAGGCGAAGAUCGGGAACCAAGACGAGUGGAAAGAUCGGCCAUCGAGUGCGUUAGACUCGCGAAAGAGCAUUCUGGAGUGCGACGUGAAUCCGUAUCUUUUGCUAAAGAAGCAGAAGGACGAGGACGAUCUCAGCGACGACCUGUCGGACAACGCCCUCGAGCAGGACGAAGCCAGACCGCGGUCCAGUUUGUUCGAUCCCUCGAAAGUGAAAUCGAUCGAGAGGAUACCGAACAGAAGCGCCGUAGCGGCGAUCGGCGGUCAGAGAAUCAGGGUGUUCAGCGAACCGCGCGAGAUCUCGGAUAACGAGGACGUUCCGCCGGUCACGAGAAUUCCCAUACCAAAGGUUUCACCGAAGCGACCACCGAGGAGACUAAAAGAAGCCAAACAAACGCUGAAAAGCAUCCUGAAACGGGGAAAGGUGCUCGAGACCAAACGGAAGAACGUCCUCUUCAACGUCGAUAACGUUAUAUUCGCACCUGAGAAACCAUCGGAGGCCACGCGGCUACUGUGGACCAGAAUCGGAAGGAUCGCGAAUUGCGUCGCAGGAAGAGAGGAAAGAAACAACGAAGAGUCAGAGGAAGAGGAGGAAGUGGAAGAAGAAGCGGAAGAAGAAGAAGAAGAAGAAGAAGAAGAUGAUGAUGAUGAUGAAGAGGAAGAAGAAGAAGGAGAAGAAGAAGAGGUGACAGUGAUGACGCAUGAGCAAAAGGAGAAAUAUAAUUUCAUUACUAUUCCGAAUAUCAGGGAUCCAAAGAUUGACAGAAUUCGACUGAAGGAGCCUAAAAUCUCUCAGGAUGUGUGCCAAAACCACGUUAAUGCUGACGGAACGAAAGAGGUUCGAAUGGACAGGAUGUUGCAAGAGAGCGAGGAUAUACCUGAAAAGAUCUCGAAUCAAAUUAUUCGUUCGCCGAAACGCGAAAAUACGAAGAAGGGGGACGAAGGAAAGAAAAGGAUACAAGAGGAAAAUUCCGUAAAAAUGAAAGACGACACCAAACAACAGUACGCGGUCAAGGAUCGCAAGGAUCGUAUUCCAAGCAUUGCUGUCGACGAGAAGGACCUGAUUUUGAAAUCUGAAGAGAACUCAAAGAAAUCAUCUUUAUCACGCAGUCAAAGCGAACGAUCGUUCAAUAGACCGGGAGUGUCAGCUGGCAAUAUAUUGUUCAUGGAUACCAUGCGCCUCAGCCUCUACAGAAAAGUCAAGGAAUCGCAGUCCUCGUUAUGUUCGAGCGAACAGACGAUUCGGCCAGACGAUUCGUCCGAAUUCAUGGAGGAGACAGCGGAAAGCGUGUACUCGGAGAAAGAUAGCGACUCGAUUAAAACGGAGUACGAGCAACAUUCGUUCGACUCGAAAGAAAUCGAAGAAAUUAUCGAACAACGAAAAAUGGAAAUCUCGAAAGAUACCCAGAGCAAUUACGAGGAAAACAACGAGCAUUUUCGAGGCAUGAGACCGACCAGUUGGUCUCCGCCACCCGGAAAACCGAAACACCGUUACAAGAUUAGCGAACCAAACGUAAAACCAAAGGACACGGAUUAUUCCGAAUUGGAUCGAAACAGCCCAACGGUGAAGACCACGUGGAACGCGUCCAACUCCUACGGAUCCUCGAAAGUUGAAAUCGGAUCACCGACGACGGAAGCGAACGUGUACAAAAUAACCGUGAGCCCUCGAGCUUCUCCCCUCGUUCACAGGCUUCAAAUAGGUCCAGAUGCCAAAGGCGCGAGGCGAACGUCAAUUUUAAUCAACGGAGACACGACGCCGAGCGCCGAAACAACGUCGGACAACAAAGUGACCAUCAGCGUUGGUGGCGAGGACAGCGUUUACAAUCCUACGGUGAUCUCGGUGAACUCGGAGAAUCCUCCGCGAAUAAAAAGUUCCGCGGAGAAUCGCACUCUAGUGAUUCUGGACAACUACAAAUCGAACAUCGUCGUCGAGGCCGUCAAAGAAGAUUCUCAGACGAAGUCGCUUAACGCCGAAUGGGAGCCUAUCGAAACCGAGGAUCGUUCUCGAAAGACCAACGAAUUCGCUUCUGACGAAAAAACGUCGAACACGCCGGAGGUGACUACGGAUUCUGAGAAACAGAAUCCGAAUUUCGAUGGUAAAACUACGGGAAAGAACUCGAAACUCCGCGUAAUAGGCGAUCGCGUGGCACGAGCGGAGAAAAAGACUCAGCAGAAAGAUGCUGAAAAUUCGUCGAAGCUUGCUGGAUUGUCCAAGGAAGCGUUGAUCUCGAAGUUGCUCGAGGAUUCCUUGAGAAAGGCUCGCGAGAAUGGAGAAAUCCUCGACGAAAGCAGCGGCGAGGCAAUUUUGAAGAUCCUGAAGCAGAGUUUGUUGAAGAGCAAAGAGUACGAAAGUUCCGAGUCGACCCUCGAGGCAAAUUACUCGAGAUCGUCCAGUUUGAAUUCGGACGGUGAUUUUAUCUCGACGAACCUUUUCCUCGAGGAGAAUCCUUACGAGGUGAUCAAGGAACCCAUUUACGAAGAGAUUCCCGACGAACCACCUCCGCUACCGUUGAGUCCACCACCGACCGAGGAUUACAUUAAGGACAGGAUAUACUUCGGCGGCAUAGAUUACUACAGAAAGGGCAGCGCCGAUCAGUUCCUUGGGAAUUAUUUGACGAACGAUGUUUUCAAGAAACCGAAUACCGAGGAUCUGGCGGAAACGUAUCUGUCCAAGAGUCCCGAGGAUUUUUUCAAGAAGAUGUCCACGUCGCCGGAGGAAGAGAAUAUCACGAGCAAAUUCGAAUUGCUUAACUUCUUGAUGGACUCGAAGGAUCGAACGAUCUCCAUCGAAGGAGAGGACGACGAGGACGACGAAGACGAAGAGGACACGGAGGGGGACUUGGAAGCUCUGUACGAGCAGAAGGAGACCAGCCUCGGUGAUCUGAGCUCGAAGAGCUCUCAGAUCUCUAAUGUCUCCGACAGCAGCGAGGAGUGCAAUAUUAUCCUGACCAGUUCACCGGAAACAUCGAAGGCAAGGGCCGUAGAUAUAGAAAGAACCGAUAGCGGAGUGGGAUCAGAAAGCAGUCAGGCUAGCAGCACUCGAGGCGUGCCGAGACGUUGGAGAGCAGGAAAUGUCUCCUCGGGACCAGGAAGUCUCUUCGGUGGAAUCCCACAAGUGAUUUCCGGUGAUUCAAAGCUCUGCGAGGACUGCGAACAACGUCUGGAUCCUUUGAUAACUGACAGCGGCGUGGUGUACGCGCCUUUCGUGUGCAGAAAAUGUUCGAAAAAGAGAGUGGAACGCAAAGAAAUAAUCACGGAGAUUGUGGAGACCGAACAGAAAUACGGAAGAGAUUUGCAAAUCAUUCUGGAAGAAUUUCAUAGACCCAUGUUCAGAGCUGGUCUUCUUACUUCGGAACAGCUCACAGCAAUAUUUCUUAACGUGGAAGAGCUCGUCGAACACAAUGUCGUACUCGCUGAGAAAUUAAAGGAUGCUGUGGAAUUUGCUCAGGUAAAAAAUCUAUCUAUAAUCCGGCCUACAUAA